CUAAAAUCUCAAUCGAUUCUCGACGACUUCCAUCCGGGCGUCCAGCCCAAUUAUCGCGCUUCCUCGUCGGCGGCGCGGUUGGAGAAUCCCUUCACCGCUUCACGAUACCUCUUCUCCAUUCUUCUCAUCGACUGAAAAGGAAACCUACAGCCUAAAAUCUCCACCGAUUCUCGGCGACUUCCAUCCGGUCGUCCAGCCUAGUUGUCGUGCUUCCUCGUCGGCGGCGCGGUUGGAGAAUCCCUUCACGAUACCUCGUCGCCACCAGGACCUUGGAGAAGAAGUUGUUGGUCGAAAAUCUGCAUCAAUUAUAGGUAUGUUUCUUCGGUUUCCUUCUUUCAUUGUCUCUGUUUCAGCCCCAAGAUUGGUGGUCUCUGGCUACUCUUACUGCUUUGAUUUUUGUGGAUUUGCUCAUAUAUGUGUGGUCUGAGUUUGGUAUUUUGGUUACCCAUAUAUGUAUGUGGUCUGGGUUUGGUCUUCUGGGUGUUUUCGUGGACAAACCAGGUCGUCAGCUAUGGUCAAUUUGGGUUGUGGGUAUUGCUUGUUUGCCCAUUUUUGUAAGAUCUGAUAGCUAAUGGUGUUGCUGCUGUGGUGUUGCUUUGGAAUUUAGAGGGAAUAUGUGCGGUAUUGAUUUAGUUGGGUUCAAGGCUGAUUAAGUAUGAUAGUGUUAUUUGAGUAGAGGGGAAACACAGUAGUCCUUAGUGGAUGAUGUUGCCUUGUUAGUUAGGGUAGAAAUGUUGGGUUUGAAGGUGGCAAGAAUGUUUAUGUCAACAAUGGUGGCUGGUGGAAGGGCUAGAAGAAGAGGGGGAGUUUUUGAAGUCAUUCUGUUUUUGUUGUAAUCUUCUGUACAUAUGUAAUCUGAAUCUUGUCUGUCUGUCUGUAUCCAUUCAAAAUGAAGACAAUUUGUUGGAUGUAUUGGGUCUCAAGUUUGUGGGAAAGCAAUCAACUGUUAAGCCAAUUGUAGUAAUUGAAAAGCCGGUUGUAAUAGUAACACUACACUAGUGGCAUCUUUAUCAUCCAUCUCUGCCUUGUUCUGUCUUCCUUUUUGUUUGUUGGAGGAUGUUAUUUCUGAGAAAGGACUCUGAUUUUUGGCCACUGCGAAGCAGCUGACUGUGUUUGAGCUCAGAAAGAUAAGAGAUUGAAAGAGAAAGGGAAUAAACGGGAGGCAGCAACUGUAUGUAUUUGGUCUGCGUCGAUCCUGUGGCUGUGAAUGAUCCAACAAAGUCAAGCAUGAUUGGAGCGCAGGCUAUUGUGUUAAAAACACAUAUUUUGUGAUUAUCUUUUUGUGGGAUGUGUCGUAGUCAUUAGUCAAUGACUUUUGAUAAUAUUGAAUGCUUAAUUAAUGAGUAGUAGUAUGAUAGUGUUAUUUUGCUUUUUCAAUCUUUUAGUUUAUGAUGCUUGGUUUCCUUAUGUUAUUGGAAAUCUUCACUUGGUAUUAAUUUUUUGAUUCAUUAAAAUGGUAGGAUAUGGAUGAAGCUAGCAGUAAUCCCAUGGAGGUCUCCACCAAUGCACCUUCUCAAGGAAAUCUUCCGUUAGUUGAUGAAAAUGAAGAAGGUACAUUCGGAACUUCAGCUGUAUGGGAGCAUUAUAAUAGACAAAAUUGGUCGGAUAAGGAAUCUAGAAAAGCUGUUUGCAAAUAUUGUUCAACAAAGUUAAAAUGUCCAUCUACUUUUGGAACAAGUGGUUUGAAAAGGCAUUUGCAAAGAUGCAAAAAAUAUCCUUAUAGUAAUCAUAAUCAGAAGAAAUCUAGAACUCCUAGCGCUCAAGGUACCAAUACUACAGCUCAGGGUACUAGUAGUGCUUCUCCUACUUUUACACCUCACACAUAUGAUCCAGUUGUCUCAAGGAUGAAACUUGCUAGAAUGAUCAUUAUUGACGAGUCACCUUUUAGGCAAGUUGAGCAUGAAGGCUUCCGUGACUUUGUCCAUUCGCUAAGACCUGAGUUUCACAUCCCUUCUAGGAUCACCAUAGCCAAAGACUGUUUUAAGUUGUUUUUGGCUGAGAAUGAGAAGUUUAAAAAUUACUUCAAGCAGUCACAGAUUAGAGUUUGCCUCACAACCGAUAUAUGGGCAAGUAAACAUCAUUUGGACUACAUGAGUCUAACUGCUCAUUUCAUUGAUAAUGAAUGGAAAAUGCAGAAAAGAAUUAUCAACUUCUCUCCUAUUCCUAAUCACACGGGUCUCACGAUUGGAAAAACGGUUGAAAAACACAUGCUUAAUUGGGAAAUUGAUAGGGUUCUUUGGCUUAGUGGACUAACUUUGGAAAGUGAAAAGGAUAACUAAAGCAAGUUCACCCAAAGUCUAUGGUACUAAGCAAAUUCAUUUACUCAUACUGUGCAAAAAAUCAACCUGCAACCAGUCUAAUAUCAAGAAUGAACUACUCUUAACUUAUAGGAUCAUAGUCAACCUUUUUCAAGCUAAUCCUAAUUUAGUCUCAUAUAUACAUGUUGAUGACACGUAAACUAUAAUAUUUUUACUUCCCAUUUGACGUUAUUUGAGCUAUCAAGAAUGAGAUUACCAUGGUGAUGUCUUUCUCUGUAGCAUUUUCUUUUUCUUUAGUGUGCAUGGAUAGCUAAACUUAAAGAUCUGUUUAGAUUACCUAGGACCCUAAGGAUGAUGGAUGGAAUUGAUUAUGAGAUUGGUUGAUGUUUUCCUAUCAAUGUGAUUGUUUAUUUAAUCGAAGCAUUCUUCUCACGUGUUGAUAGGUUCAAAUUUGUUUUGUGAUUGGGUGACACUGGAAAUGACAAUAUCAUUAUAAUCAAAUUCAAUCGAUUGGACUACCCAACUCUUGACGGGAGAAAUCUGUAGGACCCAACGUAGCCUAUUACAUCUAACCACAUUAGACGUAUGGCAGGGUAAAAUUGCAUUGUAUAGGCAGGAAUUCAAAUAGCACAGAAAUCCAUCAAACCUAAGGGGAAGCAUAAUCUGAAUGGUUUUCUUUACCUUUGCUUAAGGUUGAUUCAAUUUAUUCCUCCUUAUCAUUACUAUGAUUUAGUUUUUUCUUAUUCACACCACGUUUAUUAAUUUUGGCAAAGUUUAGGUUCCAGCUUACUUGGGCUGGGUCAAUCGAAUAACAGAUUUUAAUUUAUAUACUAUAUUAAUGUUAUAAAUUGUCACAAUAGUUAAUUAUUCACUAUAAAUAUUGACAUUAUGCUAAUUUUAUAUUUCUCAAAUUUUUUUAUAACUAUUCAUGCCAAUCAGAGGGGUUCGGGUUCAGGUUGAGGGCUCGGAUAGAAUAACAACACUCUUAGUGUUGUUAUUAUAACAACAAAAUUCAUUAAGGGUAAAAGGGUAAAUUAGAUAGAAAAUAAUAAAUAAAGUUAAUUAAAUUCACUCACCGCUGUCAGAUCUCAUCACCCUUUCCGCCGCCUCUGAACACGAAUUCUUCCAACUCGCCGGCCACGGAAUCGCCGCCCAACUCGCCCAGUCCGCCGAGUCUGAAUCGCCGCGUCAACCUCCUCCGCCUCCACAACGACGACGACGACCAGUCAGUUCCGGGGGCUAUCUUCUCGGUGAUCCAAAAUCAAAAGCCCCGAGUCAGAGUAGAUCUCGUCGCUGAUGAGGUGGAUCUGCUUGUCGGAGAUGAAGCUGGCGAGGAGGUUGAGCUCCGGUCGGGUCAACAUGGUUCCCAGCGGGUUGGAAGGGUUGGUGACGAGAUGAGGAUGGGCGGGCGAGGGUCGUCGCCGCCGAUGGGCGAGGGUGAAGUCUUCGUCGGUGAACUCGGUCACCGUUGACGGUGAUGUUGUCACCAAGAUGGACGCCCUCGAGGACGGUGCUGGCUCGGAUCUUGAGGUCGAAUCCGUCGUCGGGGGUGCUGCCCAGGUGCUUGACUUGCCCCAUUUCUUCGACGAUUCCAGUGAAGAGCGAUCAGAUGGUCGAGGAGGGAAAUCGGGUUUGGGGCAGGGAUUUAGAGGUUCUGGUAAAGAAGAGAGAUCGUGUGCUGGGAUUCGAAAUUGAUGUGGAGAAUUUGAGAUUGGACUUUUGUGGGAGUAGAUUCAGUAUUGUGAUUGCUGUUGGAGAUGAUGGGCGACUUCUCAUGGGACAGAAAAUCCUACUGGGAGCUUUGACCAUAGAUGAGAAAGAAGAACAGACUGCCAUUUCUGUCUUCUUCUGGAUACAGUCGAGUGAGACGCUCCAAAAGGAUACCCUAUUUUGAGGCUGUGGAAUCAAUUUGGGACGAUUGGAAAAGGAAUUGGAGAAGCAGAUGGGAAGAAAGAUUCUGCAAAAAAAUCCUCAGGUGUGAGAUGUUUGUUACUUAUAAUGCACUCAUAAACAUGCCAUCCACAAACACGGUAAAACAAUCCACAAAAAGCGUACCAGAAACCUCCCAAUCCAUACCACAAAUCCCCUAAAACAAACCAAAAACCCCACAAAGCAUACCACAAAUAUUCCGAAAGCACACCAGAAACCUCAUAAUGCAAACCACAAACAUGCUAAAGCAAACCACAAACCUUCUAAUGCAGACCAAAAAUAUAUUAAAACAAACCAGAAACCCCACAAAUCAAACCAUAAAAUUUUCGAAAGCACACCAUAAACUUGUUAAUGCAAACCAGAAACACAAUAAAGCAAACUAGAAACCUCUGAAUGCAUACCACAAAUCUCCUAAAACAAACCAGAAACCUCACAAAGCAAACCACAGAAUUUUCAAAGACACACCAGAAAGGCAGAAACCUCAUAAUGCAAACCACAAAUACGUUAAAGCAAACCACAAAAACAAACCAGAAACCUCCUAAUGCAUACCACAAAUCUCCUAAAACAAACCACAAACCCCUCAAUGCAAACCAUAAAUUUUUUGAAAGCAAACUAGAAACUUCUCAAUGCAAACCACAAACACGAUAAAGCAAACCACAAAAGACAUACAAAAAUGUGAGAAACCAAACCAUAAAUCUCACAAUGAAGACCAUAACAUCUGGUGGUCGUUGACCGUUGACCGGUCAACGAAGUUCGUUGACCAAACUCCGAUAACCAUCAGUGAGCAGAUUCCAACGCCGAUAGGCAUAUUCCGGCCCCGAUGACUAGAUUCCGACGCUGGUAAGCAUAUUCCGACGCCGGUAAGCAUAUUCUGGUGACGAUGGCAUAUUCCAAUGAGAAAAUAGCAUAUUCCGGCGACGAAAAGCAUAUUCCGGUGAUCGGCGACCGAAUUCCGGCGACCAAAAUUUUGAGCAGAAAAUAAAAAAAUUUAUUUUUUCAUAAUUACAAUUAUACCCCUGCUUUGAUUUUACACUAGGUCAACUCAACUAAUAAAAAGUCAUCACAACCCUAGCUUCCUAUUGGUUGGAGACUAGUGUUGUUACAAUAACAACAAAAGGAGUGUUGUUAUAGUAUCUAGUCCCCAGGUUGAUCAGGUAAUGAGUUUGUCGGGUCGCAUGUCAAUUGAAUUACAAGUUUAAUCGGGUUGUGAAUUGCAAGCCAGUUAGGUUACGGGUUAAUCGGAUUGCGGGACUGACCAGUUACGAGUCAUUAACAUUUAGUCAACUUAAACUGCAAUAUUCUCUAUAAAAAAAAAAAACUUAGACUGCGAUAGGGCUGCGAGUCAGAUUAAUCAGGCGGGUUACAAUACAAUUGACAUAACUGUUGAAAGCGUAGAGUGCUGACUUGUAUUUGAACAUACUCAACAAGCCCAAAGGUGGAACAAGUCCAGAGUCCCGUAUUGGGCUUUUAGCUUGUCCGUUCAUAAAGGCCCAAACUUGAAGGAUAAAGGCAAAAUCCCUCUGCUAAAAAAUUGAUGACGGCAGACAUCCGCAAGCAUGGCGUCACUCAUGAAUAAUAAUAAAAAAAAUAAGAAAGACAAAAAGACAAACAUCGGUCUUUGUGCCGUUAGCAACGCGUAUAAGUUAUACCACAGACAGAUACAGAGAAAGGCAAAGUCAACGUACACGUCAGCCCUCGUGUUUAACCUCAUCAUCGCCCCCGAUCAGUUGCUAUGAAACUUCCCAAAGUCAAGAGUCAACAACUAAACCUGCUCCCACUGCUCCACUGUUUCCCAAAACCAGAAAUGGAAUUUCUUCUCUAAUGUUGCAUGUAUUGUUUUAUGUGGGUCCCACUUACUAUCAAUGCAUGCAUUUAUAUCACAAAAAAAUUCAUAACAAUACAACGAUUUACCAUAC